GCCGCGGGCGUCGCGCCAACUAACCCGCCGCGCCGCUCGUCGGCUGUUCGCGACCGCGCAGGCUGACCCGCCCGCUUGACACUGCGCAGUUCGCGAUCGACGUCGACCGACGUAGGAAGCCCGCAGGCUGCUCCAGGCCAUUCCGGAACGUUAGCACGCGCGCUGCUGAGCUGCCACGGGGCUUCAUCUCCCGCCGGCGUCGCUACUGCAGCCCUACACGGGCGUGUUCCGGGCCGGUUGCAGCCUCGCCUUGUGCUGCAGGACAUGGCGGACUGAAGCCGAGGUUUCGUCCUGUACAUUGCGUGACUUUACCAACCAGCUGAUCUCUCUGGCAUGGGGAGACAGUGAGCAGUGAGCAGUGAACCAGCCCCUGCUAUGAUGAUGAGCUUGCUGUCCCUAGUGGCGCUCCUGGCCACGGUUGCCGCAGACGUCGACCGCCUUCCGCUGCUACCCUCGCAAGCGGCGUCUCCGCCGGCGACCACAUCCGAUGGCCAGUGGCACUCACCGGACCACUCGCUCCCUGACGACGACGACGCAUUCCCAGCCACCCCCACCACUUCGCCCACGGCGGCGGAGACUCGACGUCGCUUGGAAACCUCCGGGACUCCUUCAGCAUACGAACACGUCUUCAACAGUAGCACCUUCCAAGGUGAACAACCGACACCGGAGGACCACACCGGUAGCGACAAGACUCUUCCAGUCAUUGACGCUGGCAUUAUCUACCAGAGUGAAUCGUCUGCAUCGUCACGAAACCAGCAGAUAGAUGAUCACCCCACACUACAUGAGGACGAAGGAGCUGGAGAUCCAACGGAAGAAGUGGACGAUCCAGAACUGAACGGACCUCGAGUUCUGCCCAGGACUGGCAGUCUUAUCCCGACCACCGAAGAGUCCAGCGAGGAUGGGGUGGCUUCCUUCGAGAUCGGAGGUCCCGAUGAGGAAAGAAAUAUGUCAGAAUCCUCCAUUCCAGACAUUGCACAGAGUACGAAAACAGCAGAGGGUCUUCUGGACGAACAGCAACCUGUGGCUGAAGAUAAGGCAACUGAUCCAUCAGUGUACGAAUAUAAGUGGGACCCUAGUUACGCGCAUGCUGAUGGAACCAAAGACCUCGAGGAAAACGUGACAAAUUACACCAAGAACACAAACGCCGAAAAAGAGACAGCUGAAGGCGACAAAGUAGAAGACGCUGGGGCACCAGAUGCUGAGUACUUUUGGACAGGAGGGGUGACGGAUGAGCAAGUGAAAAACGCGACCAGUGAUACAAAACAAGUCACCUCGGACAGAGAUAGCAACGAUACACGAGCAGUGCUUAGCUCCACUACCACUGGCACACAAGCAACUCCCAGUUCUUACUUCCAAAAUAGUGAAUCCACAGUAGGAGAAGGUGUGCAGAAAACCGAAGAAACGCCGCUACAUCGCGGACUCGUGCUGAAAAUAGAGAGAAAUGACAGUCCCCCUUCUGCAAGUAUCCCUAUAAAUUACAAAGAAGAACCUAGAACGGAAUCGCCAAUGCAGAGGUUAACAGCGGAACGGAUAGCCAACGACAGAUUACGAGAGUCACUCAUGCGAGGCAGAGAGCCAUUUGCCGGCAUGAAAGAUGAGUUUAAGGACUUCGAACAGGUGCAGACAAUACUGAAGGACUCCGACGACGUUCAAGACAGCCCAUAUUCGAGAAGCAGAAUGAAGUACUACGUGGAUGACGCACAACAUUCUUCGAGAGCGGAUAUCCCGUGGCGUUCGGGGAAUGCAGACAGCAUAAACCAACAGUCACAAUUCUCGAGAAGAGGAGGAGAACAACGAGAGGAAAACGCAACAGAGUCGAAAUUUGUGAAAGACGUCCAGUCUUCACGGCAGGAAACUAUAGAGAUAAUGGAGGAUAAAACAGGAUCCGACCCAUCAGAUGAGGAAGAGCUGCCGUCGUCGACGCUUUCCAUCACGGAGCAGGAGGCAGGUAUUCAGGUGUACAUAACCUUCACUCAAGCGUCGGAAUCGCCGCGAGCGGAGGGGAACUCACGCUCUUCAAAUCCGACAGAGCGUCCGAAUCCUACACACGAGACCGGUACAACGAGGAAGGCAGAUCUGAUGUCAAUGACUAACAUCCACAAGGGCAUCGAUGGGGUGGAGAGCUACGUUAUACCGUCGCUGGACUUCGAAGAGACGAGUUCCACCGAGCUAUCGCACGAAUCUGGAGGAGUACCCGACGGUUCCUCAGUGACGUCGGCGCAGAUGACCACAGGUGAUGGAGGGGCUCAAGUUGUUGGGAGUGAGGGGAGUAAAGGAAACGGGAAAAGCAGGCAGUAUGACGCUAGCAAUCCCUACCGUCACUGGGACGUGGAAAGCGAGGAGCAGGAGAGAGUGAUGAAAACCCAGCGUCGAACUAACAACGGCCGUGAGGGGCCGAUGUACAGUGGAAUUGAGGACGCUUCCCGUGAUGACACUGCUCCAGCUGGUGGAAACAGGACGAAUGGUCAUAGUAACACUACCAGCCGCUCCUACCUGCUCUUAUUGGCGGGGAACUCGACCAUCGUAAAGAUGCGCCAGAAGGACUUUGCGAAGUACCUGAAGCUGAACUUGGCGGCGAGGCUGUCCCUCGAGUACGACGACGUGAAGGUGAACCGCGUGGUGCUGGCGCCGCCGCGGCUGCUGGUCAACGUGAGCGUCGUGACGCCGCCGGCCGUCACCGCGGCGGAGCGCGUCGUCGCCGCUGACGAGGACGCCGGCAUCGACGCCGGGGGCGGCUAUUACGGUGGCGCCGUCCCCGCCGCAGCAGCGGCAGAGGUGAACGUCGUCGAGGAGGAGGCGCCGCUCCACAAGCUGGCGCGCGCCAACGCCACCCUGCUCGAGCUGUCUGGCGAGGAGUACCACAUCGUGCGGCUGCUACCACUGCACUCGCGCCGCCUGCCACCGCCUCCGGAGUUCAACGACAGCCUGAUGGAGGUGGAGGGCGGCGGCGGCGGCGGCGGCGGCGGCGGCGGGGCCGGCACGGCAGUCGGCGCGGACACGGAGUACCGCGAGGAGCAGCCGGAUGUGGGCGCGCCCAGCAGCAGCCGGCAGGAGCAGCCGGAGCGGCAGGUGCUGUACCGGCACGAUGACAUCGAGCUCAUCAUCUACACGGCGGUGGGCAGCGCGUGCGCAGUCGCCAUCGUGGCCACGGCCUUCAUCACCGUGUCGCGCUACCUGCGUGUCACCGCCUUCCAGUGGCCCUGGCGUUCGCCCAAGACCUUCUCGAAGGCGCCGUGGAUUCUGCCCAACCACCACCACCCGCACCACAGCUCCGGAAGGCACUCGCCGCCGCACUACCGCAUGGACGAGGAGGGUCUGCACCCAACGGUGAUCUACUCGGGCGCGUUCGCGGCGGCGCACAACGUGGGCGGCAGCAUGUGCGGCUCCACAGGCCCGUCCUCGUGGGCGGACGAGUACCAGCCGCCCCUGCCGGACCGCGCGUCGCUGCCCGCGCACUGCGGGUUGCCGCUCUUCGGCCCCGGCGGCGAUCCGGGCUCGUCCAGCGCCCUCUACAGCGACGUCGUGCAGCAGAGCCCGCGCUCCAAGCUGCACCUCUUCAGCUGCCGCCCCGGCAGCCUGCUGCUGCCCAUCGCGCCGCCGCAGUCGCCGCUCAAGUCGCUGCCCUCUCGGCUCGGGAGCAACAACAACAACAAUAACAACAACCAGCAGCAGCAGUCGGCUGGACACCUCAAGGGCAAGCUGGUGGGCGGGCUCGAUAACCCUAACUACGAGAAGUAAGGUGGCAGCGCCACGCGGCUAGCUGAGCCUCAGCCGUCACCUGCGAGACUACGUGCCAGCAGGCAACGGCUAAAGUCAUUACUUCUGAAGCAACUCACAGCUGCGGACGAUGUUUGGAAUUGCGAUUCUAGUCGUCUAUGCUUAGAGUAAAUGAGUGCCAAAUAAGUUCAACUUCUACUUCAGUGCAAUACUUGAUACCUGAAUAAUCAAUACACAAAAUCUCUAACAUUGCCUUGAAAUGUCAUCAUGAACUACUUGUUUCUCGGCAUUCAAAGAAAUAUGUGUGAAACUAAAAGACAGCAAGAUGGUUGAUGUAUCGGCACAUAACGAAAUAAAGUGAGAACAGUAUAUACAAGACUGAAUAGUUUGUCGUUCGUAUAUAAAAAAAAUAAGGUGGCACUUGAAAAAUCGAAAGAAUUAACAUACGUUUAAAUACCGAGUGGACAAAGUAAAAUUGUCAAGGAAAAUAUUUCACACAUCUUAAGAUAGACAAAGCAAAUUACAUCAGUGCCACACGAAGGGCAGAUGAUGUAAGCAGGUUUGCUAUCUCAAUGCAUGUUAAAUAUUUUCCGUGACAGUUAUAAUCUGCCCACCCAGUAUUCAUGCUACUGCGAAAUGUCUACAUCAUAGAUGUAUAUAGCUAUGUGGAAUAUAUAUCAUGGCAUAGAUCACCUUGUAUCAGCAUGCCGCUUUAUCUUCACAGACUGUUUCACAGUCUCUUCACAGAUACUAGAGUCUGUACCGAAAACGACGGAGUAUAACUAAUAUUACUUUUCUCUCCCUGUGAUGUUCGCUAAUUCGUAUUCUGAUAUAUUCAGAAGGUGUCUAACUGUAAGACUGAAGGAUGCUGAGAUGUGAUUAAAGAUGUUACACGAAAUAUUCGACAACGGUUUUUGGGCGGUUUAUCAGGUCGUUAUUCGGAAAACCCAUAUCGAUCUAAAUGAAGAAACGACAAAAAAAAGAAACAAGCGAAUGAAAUUACUGUACUCAGACAAACGUCUCGGUGUGCAUAAAAACUUCCAUUUGUCUGUUCCAUGUAGCAUAUUUAGUCCGAUACUGUGGAGUAUAUUACAGAUCAGUGUGUAACGAGAUGCUAUUUCGCCAUCCCAUGACGUAACGCAGUACAUUCGCAGGUACCAGUUUCUAUAUCCAGAACGAAAUGUGUAGCCUAUACAGUCCUCGUCUCCCUGUCCAUUAGUUUCGAAAAACGUGCUUAUUUUCAGUGGGUUCGUUUCGAACUGUUUACAUGGUAGAGGGUGUCGGCUCUUUCUCCUGUACGCGGUAACAUCGUGGUCGUCAGCGUAGGUGAAACUGCGGAGCCCUUCAAACGGAAGCGAAGCAACUGUGUAGAUGUUGAAGAAUGAUGGUGUCAUUACUUUUUCUUGCAGAAGGCCAUUUUUCUGUUCUCGCCAUCUGCUUUACUGGCUUUCUGAACUGGACUUCUGUGACUGCACGUUAAGAAAUACUUUUCUUAAUGAUGUGUUUUGCUUACAAAAGCGCUGAUUUACAGUAUCGUUAAGGCAUGACGCUUAUGCUACCUGCUCAGCAAACAUCCAAGAAACAUACCAACGGCAGGUGAAGUCAUCACUUCUGAAGCGCUCUCUCCUCCAGGACACAUCUAACAAAGUGAUUCAUGUUGUCUGUGGCGAGAAUAAGCAAGCACUAUUCAAGUUUUACUUUAAUGCAAUACUUGAUACUUUGAAUGGAUCAUAUCUCGAAUAGGCCUAAUGCCAUAAAAGAUAAAGCCAUCAACUUGACCCCAUAUUUUGAAGAUAAGAAUCCACACUGCAAAAUACUAGCCACAGCAAUCGUCUUCUCGCGAAAAUUUCAUCCUUAAUUCUGAUAGUACACACAUGACUUCUGGGAGUACUGUAUUUUUAAAACCUCCCUCUCACAGGUUGUUUGUCACUCACUCCUCCACACUACAGCCGCCUAAUGCUCCAGAGCAAAGUGACUACAUUGGGGCAGAGCGAAUAACAAUCAACCAGUGCGCGCAGCUUUUCAAAAUCUGUGCCCUCAGGAGGUCAUAGCGGCAUAUUAUAUGAAUAAAGGCCGAAAUUUUCGAGCGGAACUUAUUGCUGGUGAUGAUAUCUUUCAAGGACGCUUUUAAAGUCAAGUUGGUGAAGUUCCCUUCUUAGAAUGCUUAAAUGGACUACUUAUUACUUGGCGUUCGAAGAAAGAUGACUAAGACUGAUGGACACCUAAGGUGAUAAAGCUUUUGAUACCUACCGAAGGAAAAUAGUAGGUGACAGAGCAUUUUGUCUUUCCAUAAACCUAUAUCACUGAACAAAUUAGAUGCCCAAUAAGAAAACAAGGACACUACUACCUGGCCAAAACGAUUACGAGACAUCUGUGGAAUGUCCAUCUGACAGAAACCUGUCCAGAUCGACUCAACACACUGAAAUAGAUCGUCUUGUAAUAGCAUUUUACGUUACCGCAUUUAAUGUAAUAUUGUAUGUUCACAGAUACGAUGUUCUACAUCUAGAACGGAGAAGUAUAGCAUAUAUGUCUAUUAUCAUUCUGUUUGGUUUCAGCUUGCUUGUGUUCCGAUGAACAGAGGAUGCUGACAGCUUCUCCUCUACAAAUUUAAAUUUCAUACAUGAUGCAGUGACAGAACGAUCAUCAGCUUGUACAAAACUGCUGGUUGAUUUCAUUAAAAAGUUAAUUAUUUAUGGGAAUGUUAAGAAAGGAUGGGACUAUACGACUUCCUUCAAUCCAUUUUUCUUUUUUGGAUAUCGGUUACUAUGGUCUUGGAUUUCCGCAAAGAAAGUUCGUUUCUGAAUAAAAUUUUUGAGAAUUUACGAAUUGAUUCACAAAGUGGUCCUCACGAAGUAGGUGGUAGUAAACUGCUAUAUCUGUCUUAUAGUCUGAAGACUGCCGGUGAUGGCGAAAACUGAAAAUUUCUUGUUAAAAUUAUAUUUGAUUCGGCCAGUAAAUAAAUCAUUUAAAAAUGGAAGAAAAUUAAAUAUUUCCUUAUAAAAGCGAUGACCGACAUUGCUAUAAGGUGCUACAAUGUGGAGUCUCUUGCAUGUUGAUUCAGUUUCUUUAUUUUAGACACACUGCUCUUACAGACACUAAAUUGCGCUUCUUCUUUAACGGUGGAUGAGUCGGUCUUUUCCUCUAGUCUUCGCAUACUUAGUCCCUCCAACACCUUGCCACCUAAUAAUGAUGUCGACCGAUCAACGAGCAAAAUACUCCUACCCUUAAGGAAAACUGGUUAACUGAAUACAGCAUUUUAUACGAAAUUUUUAAGAAAUACUUUUCGCAAUUCGUGGUCAUUGUAUGAAACAAGUCGCAUACUAUUUGGUUACAGUCACUGAAAAAUCCUCGUGUGUCAGUCUCUACCGCAGUAAUUAUAAGAUUUCGCAUCGGUAUACCGUAACCAGCUAUCGUCCUUGGGCAGAAAUAAACAACUCUGCUAUUGUAUCAAAAACCAUCCCUCAACAUUCUACUGUCCCUAUUCUUUGUAAAGUGACUAAAAGCUUCGUGCGAAAUCGGAAUUCACUUUAGUACUCAAUUCGUGUAAAACCAUCACACCAACAGAGUGCAAGUUAACAGUUCACUGCAAAAAUUAUUUAGUUGUCAUGGCUUAUGCGGCUGAGGCUGAAGAAAAACGUAACGUGAUUUGUGGCAAUUAGGCCUUCUGUUGGAAAAGCACCACUACGAGUUAGAUAGCAUUAUUUUCAUUUUCACAGAAUACAUAUCUGAAGGUAACGUGACAAAUUACUUCACUCAGUCUUUGGUUAGACUUUUCUUUCCGCUGUACCUACAUGUGGCACGACAGAAUCAGGUAAGAGCCAGAGUGGAAGUUGCAACAGUAUCGAAUAACUCCGUACCAGGCUGGAGUUCCGAGGCUGACCGUAAUCCGCACUUGGGCAUCUGUGCGUAACAGCAUCCACAAAAGGCAGGUUCCGCCUUUUUUCUAGUGUUUGUCACAGUGUCUUAACUUCUCCCGUAUCAUCAUAUGACAAGCUCACGUUAGGAAAUUAUGGUAACCUACGUAAGGUAUGUAAAGAGAAAACAACUGAUGAUUGCGAAUGAGAACUAGCGAAUUAUAGCUGUGACCCGAAUUCUUGUGACAUUCAGUUUACUUACAUCUAUCAGCACCACGAACAAAUCACGCCUUUGUUUGCCUAUAAUAUUACAAAAACGAUAGUGUAUUUUAGUAUUCUGUAUUGCAGUACAUGUGAGAAUUUGGCAUCGGUAUAACUUGCAUCGUUUUAAUCACGACAACUAGAUCGCGAUGUCAAAUAAAAAUUGAUCUCCGUUAUUUUAAGGUUUUUGGCCCGAAAGCAAACUACUUUGUUUCUUGAUCCACAAGUGGCCGACACUCUACAAGCACAUAGUCUGGCAGCUCUGUAUGGUCUUAAAAGAUUCAAAUACGGGCAUGUCACUGUGAAGGUGGCCAAGUAUAAAAGACAUUGACACAGUCAUCUAAGGAACAAAUGUAAACAACUGAACGAGUUUCAUUCUGAACGCCCGGAAAUGAGAGCAAGCAUGCCAGGUCUGUUUGGAAAACGACGUGAAGCGUGAUGAUGUACGAUUUUGCUUCAUGACCUGAUAGUUGAUUGUUGUUGUGAGCACUUGACGGACAGGGACAAACAUUACGAAUUAGAUGCACAUAAUUAUCCGCUAGGCAGUGAAAUAACGUUCUAAUCUGUUUAAUUUCAAAACUCUGUUCUGUCAUGAUUCAAAGUUAUCAUUCUCGCUCAAAUUGGAGCCUGUACUUUAUGAUAGUUCCAUCUUCGUUUCUUAACAAGGUGGUUACUACAGUAACGCAGUUUGGAAGAAUUUUUUUAAGAGAUUUAUCUUUAUUGCGGUGAUCGAAAUACAUAUGUGAUCCACGUAACAUGCGUCAACCUACAAUUACGCAUACUUGUAACUGACAGACCCAUGGAAAAGCUGAAUGGCCAAUGUGUGAGCGUAAAGCCACAUGUAUCUCUUUACAAGCAGUUACUCGAGUGACCACUAAUGUUUCCAUUGCUGUGAAGCAGUCCUUUACAGUAACACUCGUCAAAUUUAUUGAUCACGUUUUAACGAUUUGUCUACCAGGUUGACCUGCUCAGAGGUUUCUCAUGAAUUACUGUUUUGUACCGUCAUUCUUCUUAUAACUGUCACAAUAUCAUGUUAAUGGUAUUACAGUCGAGUCUUACAUUGUUGUGGCAAAAAUUAUAAAAAUAAUUUCUACAUUGCAAAGAACCACAAUUAUACGAAAUUAACUAAUGGCGAUGCAUCAAUUUAAAAAAAGUUACUGCAGAUUUUAAACGUUUUAUGUCCUUUAUCGAUCGUUUGUAUUUAAUCUUUUUGCGUAAAUUACAGCUUAAUGUGAAACUCAUCAGAGAAUUUAACGUAUCUCGUAAAACUUGACUAACACCUAUUUCACCGGGAAUUUGUGGGUCCCAGAAGAAAAAUGCGUAUUAUUACGUAAUAUUAUUGGUGUUGUUAUUUAUUUAUUCCCUUGUAAAUAAUUAUAAAUGUGUUACAUUAACAUUUUAAAAUAAAGAAAAUAGAUAUGUGUGUUUUAGUAUGCAAUAGGUCUCUGUUUGCAACUUUAAUUAUCUACAUGAUAAUAUUACUGUUGUCUCAGCCAGAAAUACUUGUUAUCCUGCACUGCUUUCUGAAAGUCUGAAUAAUUCGCUGUAAUAAACGCUGUACGAUUGGUGUUAUAAUGAAUGAUAAUCAUUCCAUUAAAUUUAAUGUAAUGACAGCUGGUCGUGUACUCUAUAGCUCACCCUAUUCUCUAUGUUCGAUCCAGAAAAUACGAGACAAGCUCAUUGCGUACUGUGAUUUUAUACAUGUAAAUAGUUUUAAACCAGCUGAAUCAUCUGGACGAACUCUGAGGCUUGUGUUUUGCUGAAUACAAGUGCAGUUACUAAUUACAUCAAUCAAAAUAUUUCUAAAAUCAGAUGGAGAAAAAAUAUUUUUAUUAACUCUUCAACAUCACGGACUGUAUAAUUUCAGUUUAAUUGUUCUGAUUUAACAAUGCUAUAAAACUUAAUAUGUAGUUGGGAAAUUUAAUCAAACUCUUAAAUGCAGAGGUUAAUUUUCGUUACAGUUAUAUAGUUGCCAGCUUGAAAUAUUUAUUUCCUCUGUAUCUGUAGUGACCUCCAUAGAAACAGCAAAAAUAGUGUUUCUUUUCUUAGUGUUUGUUGUAUAUGAUACCAAACAAGAACUGAUCAUUUAUAUAUAUACAGUAUUAGGUAUAAUUAAUUUCAUUGUAGAUAUUAAUCGUAGUUUAUUGGUGUUCUGAAUGAAAAUAGAUCAUAGAGCUAGACACUGCAUCAUUUUAGGAGCAGAUUUGUAAGUGUCAAUUAAUUUUUCCUCUUACACAUCUUUGACAUGAAAGUGAAAAAUGUAUCUAUUGCAUCUGAUUUUUGUUCACUUACACAAUUGUUAUUUCUCGUUCCAAACUAUGUUGUUGACUAAGUUACACUUAGAAUUACCACUGAAAAUGUUAAUUUGUUUUUUCCAUAUUUGUGUGCUUCUAAAGAUAUUGCAGUAAUUGAUAGUUGCAUCGUUGGAGCUUGUUAGGCUUUUCAUGUCAAUGGUUAUGUGCUUCUUGCAGUGGCGUUAUCUUUUUUUCCCCAUUAUUGACAUUUUAGACGAAUGUGAUAGAUGUUCAGUGUUAUAAAACCAAGCAAUUCCGGUUUUUAUGUAGUUCACAUCUGCAGAAGUGAGAGUUUUAAGUAACUGAGGAUUAUUCUGUUAAGUAAGGUAAUCCUAGUUUCGUUAGUUAGUACUUCUAAAGAUAAUAAUUUCAUGGUACCUACCCAACUCCAAAUAAACCUUACACUGCUGUCGUAUUCGGCAGGUAAUAAAAAAACAUGUUUGAUAUUUGUUUAACACAUAGUGAAUAGAUAACUGUACAACAGACAACGAUUGUCGAAGAUUAAGUGUGUUGUUAGUUUCUGUGGUAGCCUUGUUUUCCAAAGACGACGAAAUACAGCCAUAAGGCACCAUGAGUGGAGUCAUCAACCGAAAGCAGAAACGUUUUAAUUGGUUGGCUACUUAAGUAUUCAUAUUUUGUAUAUUUACUUAGUUAAUUGCAAUUCAUUGAUUGUAAUUUCCCAUAUCCAGCGAUCAUUAAAUAUCCCCCAUAGUUCAUCGUUUGCAAAACCAAAGAUUGUACUAAAUUUACUGUAUUACUGUGAAUGUUGUAGCUUUAUUUGCAAUAAAUUUCUAUUCUUGUUGUUUA